UCUUCAACUGCUUCCACAGCCACACCUCUGCGACAUGCUUUCGAGAGACGCGCAGAGGAUGUCAAGCCGCUGAAAAGGUACGAUUCUUCCAAUAUAUUCCAACUAACUGUGGCAUCCAUCGAUAGUGACAUAAAUGCUCUCAUCUUCGAUUAUCUCAACACCGAAGGUUAUCCUUCUGCGGCAGCCAAGUUCUCAAAGGAAGCAAACCUCAAGCCGCAGCAAGGGGAGGAGUCCUUACUGGCGCGACGACAAAUAAUACAAUCAAUACAUGCUGGGGAGAUCCAAGAAGCUAUUGAAGCUCUCAACGAUCUCGAACCUCAGCUCAUUCGAACCUGCAACGCAACACCUGGAGGUGAUAUUACUCCAGCGUUGGCUUUCGCGACAACUCAACUGGCACCUCGUGCACCCACCAACAAGGAGUUUAUGGAAGAUUUAGAAAGGACCAUGGCACUUCUAGUCUUCCCUUCGGAUACCCUCGAGGCACCUCUCGCUGCUCUUCUUAAGCCAACCCUCCGCCGGGAAGUUGCAGACAGGGUCAAUAAGGCUAUACUGAGUUCGCAAAACAAUCGACGGGAUGCGGCUAUCAGAAGUCUUGUGCGCCUGAGAGCCUGGGCUGAGGAUACAGCGAGACAAAUUGUUGGCUCCACAUAUCCCCGAAAUAGGCAAUCAAUUGGUGCAAUGCUCCGGCGGCAACCCGUGGGGUACAUUGCGCGGUUUGCGAGGGCAGAACCUGCAAGGACCACAGCUCAUACUUCCAGACCAGCAAGUGUAUCGUACAUAUUAGCAAGCUCAAGAUCAUAUACCUUCCCCAGUCGACUACUGCGAACGAAACCGGCGUUCCGCGAAGCACAAUGGCGACAGCUCCUCUCCCGCGACAUUAUACGGUCUGUCUCAGGUAAACCUCUACCGCAGCGACGGUCGUGGGUCGUCAACUUCGUAUAUCGUUCUGCAGCAUGGCUAGGGGGCUCAAUCACCAUUCUUGGAGUCGGUGUGGUAGCGUUCUUCCUCUACGAUGCUUCAACUUAUCGGGAGGAUCUUUCAUACAGAGAUAUACAAGUCUCUGAAAUAGCGUUAAGCCCUCGAAGAGGUGGUCCGAAGAACCUGCCAAUUGCAGAAGUUCAAAUUGACGAUGAUGACUGCUUGGAAAUGCAAAAGCAGAAGGAUAAGCCCAAACUAGUUGUACUUGGAGGUGGAUGGGGGAGCGUUGCGCUGCUCAAGACACUCAAUCCUGAAGAAUACCAUGUCACACUGGUCUCACCGACGAAUUACUUUCUAUUCACGCCAAUGCUCCCCUCGGCCACUGUUGGCACGCUCGAGUUUCGAUCCUUAGUUGAACCUAUUAGACGAAUAGUGAGCCGCGUCCGAGGGCACUUCAUUCGAGCACAAGCAGAUAGCAUUGAGUUUUCUGAGAAGUUGGUGGAGGUGUCCCAAAAGGACAAACAUGGCAACGAGGUCCGAUUCUACCUGCCUUAUGAUAAGCUUGUCAUUGGUGUUGGGUCUACCACGAAUCCUCACGGCGUCAAAGGACUGGAGAACUGUCACUUCCUCAAGGACAUUGAUGACGCACAGAAGAUCAGGAACCAUAUCUUGACGAAUCUAGAGUAUGCAUGUCUUCCCACCACGUUGGACGAGGAGAGAAGGCGACUGCUCUCCUUUGUCGUAUGCGGUGGAGGACCUACAGGUGUGGAGUUCGCUGCUGAAUUGUUUGAUCUACUCAACGAGGAUCUCACUUCACACUUUCCUAAGCUCUUACGAAACGAAAUCUCCGUGCAUCUCAUUCAAAGUCGAGGACAUAUUCUGAAUACUUAUGACGAGGCUGUCUCGAAGUAUGCCGAAGACCGUUUCAGCCGUGACGAGGUUGACAUUCUCACAAAUUCCCGAGUGAAAGAAGUGACUCCUGAGAAGAUCUUCUUUACUCAAAAGGGAGAAGCCGGAGAGACUAUUACGAAAGAAUUGCCAAUGGGAUUUUGUCUUUGGUCAACUGGUGUUUCUCAGACUGAGUUCUGUCAAAAAGUCGCAACCGCGCUUGGAUCGUCCCAGACGAACCGACACGCUCUGGAGACAGAUACCCAUCUUCGACUCAAUGGCACUCCGCUUGGAGAUGUAUACGCUAUUGGAGACUGUGCCACAGUGCAGAACAACGUGGCAGACCACCUCGUCACAUUCCUUCGUACUCUAGCUUGGGAGAAGGGCAACGACCCUGAGACUAUGCACAUCACUUUCAGCGAAUGGCGUGAAGUUGCUCAGAAAGUCCGAAAACGCUUUCCUCAAGCAGCAGAUCAUUUAAAGCGGCUAGACAAGCUCUUUGCAGCAUAUGACAAGGAUCAAUCUGGUACUCUUGACUUCGGAGAAAUGCGCGAGCUCCUGAUGCAAAUUGACAGCAAAUUGACCUCUUUACCAGCAACGGCCCAGCGCGCACAUCAACAGGGUCAAUAUCUGGGCCACAAGUUCAACAAGAUGGCUAGAGCAGCGCCUGGACUACGAGUUAAUGAUGUCCGAGAUGGUGACUUAGAUGAGGCCGUUUACAAGGCUUUCGAAUAUCACCAUCUCGGAAGUCUAGCUUAUAUAGGCAAUUCGGCAGUUUUCGACUGGGGCGGUGGAUGGAAUUUUGCUGGGGGUCUCUGGGCUGUGUAUGCUUGGCGAAGUGUGUAUUUUGCCCAGAGCGUGAGUCUGAGAACGAGAAUUCUGUUAGCCAUGGAUUGGGCGAAGAGAGCGUUGUUCGGGAGAGGUAAGUUUCUGUCUGCGCAAAAUAAUUGA